AUGGGGAUAAGAUAUACCGUUUUCACAGGCACACAGGUCGGUGCUCUUUUGAUAUUAACCAAGGUGUAUAUGGCACAAGUUGAUGUGGUAAAUUUGGCUGUGGAAAUUCCCCUGACAGAGUGGAAGUCAGCAGAUUUAAAUGUCCGCGCAAAACUUGCAUGGACAGGUACGAAGAUGACGACUGUCCUCUCGGAGAGUGCUGGAAUUCAGGUUGUUGAUAUGAAGGACCCGGAGGAAGUGGGAAUUCAGUGUGAUGAUGAAGACUAUGUUGCUGGUGUUACAGCUUCUAAACCAAAAUAUAUUGGCGGUAGCUAUGGCCUCCCCUUGCAACAUAUAACCACAACUAACAAUACGCUUAGUUCUCAAGACAGAGUUGCUGCAGAAGCAUCCAGAAUUACCUCUGCUCACAUUGGUGAGGGUGGAAGACAAAGUUCUUUUGAGCAAUCUGGUAUUCGAUGCAAUUGUGGGCGUCAUCUUGCAGCAAAUUUCGAACCAACAGCUGCACAGUUGCUUUGGAUGGUUGGAUUUAACUUCAAUUUCUUUCUCCCAAUUACUCUAUUUUACUCUAUGUGGAGGAAACCGCUCCCAGUGCCAACACCUAGGUAUUGCACAGCAGCAGCACAUAUACCCGGUGUUGGUGAUUUAGUUUUUGGUGGGUAUGUAGAAACUGGAGAUGAUUCACGGGGUAUCCACAACGUAGAAAUCGUUUUGACAACCUCAUCGCCUCUUGGACAUGCAGGCAGUGGGUGUGAAUCCACUCCCAGGCUUCAUUCGAGGGACUAUCCAAAAGCAGAAUUUUUCAAUAGGAUGGUGAUUUUGUAUUUUAUCUUCCGUGGAGAUGUUGUUCUAUUUCACUGA